UCAUCCUGAGGAAUGGGGUGGAAACCGCUAUCGCCUGCCCGAGGGGAGGAGUCACCCCUUGCUCCUGUUUCUCACUCAAUGCCCGAAAUAAAACCGCUUCUUACCCGUCAGCUCCAACUUUAAAACCCUCAUAAGACGUUUUAAAAUGGGAAACUGUUAAAGAGACUUUCCGAUGGUGACCCUGACGGCUUUGGUGUGUUAUUUCAUAGGAAGUACGCCCGGUCGCCUUUACGAUGGAAACGUGUGCACGGAGACGCGCUCAACGUGUGGCGGUCACGGUGUUUUUGCUCGUCCUAAACGCCGCGAUUGUUGAAAGUUUUUCAACAGAUGCGGACACCGAUAUUCCAUUGAUUACCGAAUCGUUUCCUGCUCGAACGACUGGUUUGAAACAAACGACCACUUGGCCGGACAGGGGGGCAGCUGCGACGACUGUGGACCUGGAGGAGAUGACGGACGUUCCCGCCAGUGUGUCGAUAACAGGAGCGCGAGCUGACAAACUAUCACAAGCUUUCCACAUCUCCACAAAUACAGCGGACUGGACAACUCGGAAGACCUCAGAUGAUCCCACUGGACUGCUACUAUCCAACCAUGAGCUCACCCAUAAUGCUACUGCCCAAUGGGAGGGUCCGUCUGAAGCAUCCUAUGGCAGCAGUUCUUUUCCAGCCCUCACAGAGAAACACCAGCUUGUGACGGAGACCCGGACAGUGCGAGAUAUUCCUGUAACGGACCAAAGAAAGCAUUAUGCCGACACGGACAGCACUGAUUCUCUUUCUCACACCGAUAGCACCUACGUCUCCACCACCAGCCGAGUUGGAGAGCGCACCCUGCUCUCUGUGACUUCUAACAGCACCUCUCUAUACACGAAUGACUCGGACACAUCUGAGACUGUCUCACAAACGUUAAGCUGGGAGGAGGGGACGUCAGGUACCACCCAGGGAAGAGAAAAAAACGUCAGUGUUGUAUCUGCAACAUCUGAUCAAACUGAGCUCACAUCUGAAGAUCAUAGUCGGACCAAUGCAACUCAGGGCCAGUUUACAGAGACCGAGGGGCCAAGGGUGUUUCAAGGCACUGAAUCACAGACGAGACAACCUUUUGUGACACGACAGAGGUUUGAGCAAGGUGACAACCCAAAUUCCACACUACCUUUCACAGUGACUGACAAUGGUAAAGCUGAAACGGAUUUUACGUAUGUAAGCAGUGAGACGUCUUACACAGAAACCAGUUACUCUGUGUCUUCAACGCCUCCUUUUACCACUGGUGAACACAAUGUCUCCAGUACAUCCCAGCAGAACCGUGAGACCACAGUGACUGAUUCUAUGGACACCGGAGCUUCUACAGAGUUCUCGACUGGAUCUGUCAGCUCCAGCGGCCGUGAGGAACCCAAAGGUCCUCCAACCCGUACAAUGGAGGAUACUACCAUUCAGGUCUUAACCACUGCACCCCCAGCAUUUCUGGAUGUAUCCACCACAACCGAUGACUUGUUUUCCAGGUUCCCCACUCGACAGUCACCCUACAUUCCCAAAUCUGAUGAUCCGACCAACACUGAGGUGGUGUCAACAUCUGCUGUCCCGGCAACUCAGAGGCCACAAAUUACAGAAGAAGCCACUUACGAGACAUCUACUUUUAACAUAUCCACCAGCACUACCGUGACUGCUCCUGUCACCACACAUCAGCUCCAGCCAAGCACCACCCCACCGGCUGAAACAGAGCACACUACACUUGCUACCACCAACACCGUCCAGAUGCUGGAGACGACAGCAUCUUCCACAACCAAGUGUCUGCCUACCUCUCCUACUGGAAAAACACAGGCGCCCAGUACAUCCGGCUCCGCUGAUGUCACCACCUUGCACUUAGAAACCAGCACAGCCACGCCAGGGAACACGACGGCGCACUACAGACACGCAACGACACCCUAUAGCAAAAUCACUCCGACCAGGGGCACUGUGGUUUUUACCACCAGGAGUCACACAGACAAAGGAACCACAGAGAUGGGAGUGACAACCACACAUAUGCCAAUAAGGACAACCCCAUCACCAGGUCCUGUGUGUGGGCCUGACACUUGUGCUAAUGGAGGCCACUGUGUUAGAACGGCCGAGGGAAGUUAUCACUGUCAGUGUCUGCCUGCAUGGACUGGACCCUCCUGUACUGUGGACGUGGAUGAGUGUGUCAAUAGUCCGUGUCCCCACGGUUCAGUGUGCGUCAACACAGGUGGCUCUUUCAGCUGUGAAUGUGCCCUGGGCUUUGACCUGGAGGAUGGCCGCAGCUGUACCCAAGUGAAGACAUUUUUGGGCACCUUCACAGUCAACAACUCCAUGCACCUCAGAAGCUCAAAUCUACAUGAGCUGCACAGAGAGAUCCUACAGCUGCUCAAUGCCUCUCUCUCCAUCUUCCACGGUUACAGACGUUCUAUCUUGAGUAAAAAAGAUGGAGACCUCGUGCAGAUCUCAGCUGUGAACAUGUUUUCACUCUCUGCCAACGUAACCAGCACUGACAUCGACAACAGCAUCCAGAUGUCCCUGAGCAACUGCAGCCGGACAUACUCGCACUGUACCAUAAAACUUCAGCACCAGCUGUCCUAUCACGUGGAGAGCUUGUGCUUGACCCAGAAGACAAAGUGUGAUCCUCAGUACUCUGUGUGCUCGGAUGUUAGCGGCACACCGUCCUGCCAGUGCCUUCCAGGAUACUUCAAAAAGAACCCAGGGGACAUGACCUGCAGAGACUGUGGAGAUGGACUUAAGCUUGUAAAUGGAAAAUGUGUUGAGUGCAUGUUUGGAUUUGGAGGAUUCAACUGCAGUAAUUUCUAUAAGUUGAUAGCUGUGGUGGUGUCUCCUGCCGGUGGAGCUCUGCUCUUAAUUGUCAUCAUUGCUCUUAUAGUCACCUGCUGCAGAAAGGACAAAAACGACAUCAAUAAAAUCAUCUUCAAAAGCGGAGACCUUCAGAUGUCGCCCUACGCAGAGUUUCCUAAGAGUAACCGUGUGUCUAUGGAGUGGGGCAGAGAGACCAUAGAGAUGCAAGAGAACGGCAGCACCAAAAAUCUCCUGCAAAUGACUGACAUCUACUAUUCGCCUGCAUUGAGAAACGCAGACUUGGAGCGAAACGGUCUGUAUCCGUUUUCCGGACUUCCUGGCUCAUGGCAUUCCUGCAUCUACCCUGCCUCGUGGAAUCCUUCCUUCAUAAGCGAUGAUUCACGGCGGAGAGACUACUUUUGAUGGCUUUCUGAUGCUGCAUACAAACUCUCAGCGUGGUUUGACCUGUCACAGAUGUAAAGACUGACCACUAAAUGGGCCUUUGAAUGUGAAAAUGAGCUGGCAGGAAAAGACAAUUAUCUGUGUGCGGAUGAGCGCACCGAGAGCUCUUCCGAGGUCAAAUUAGCAUUUGCCCACACAGGACCACAAUGAAACUGUCGUUUCUGGUGUGGAGCUGAUGAGUACAAACAAUGAGAUUUCAUUUAUUUGUUCUCAUGGCACCCAGCAAAGCAUUUGUUCUUCAGUAAGAAUCUGUGAAUUUAGCUUUGAUUGGUGUCGAACAACACAAGAUGACUGAGCUGCAGUAUCACUUUUAUGAAGUAAAAGUUUGCACUAUGAACUCCUCACACAGAUGUCAAAUGGAGGAAGCCAUAAAUGUAUUUAUAUGUUAAAUAUCCUACUGGUUUGUUAAGAUGUUAUGGUUGAAUGUGUGAGGAGAUAUUCGGAUGGGUGUUUGGAAUAGUUCACCCAAAAAUGAAAAUUCUGUCAUCUUUUACUCACCGCUUUUCUUUCUUUCCGUGAAACACAAAUGGAGAUUGUUUUUAGCAGAAUGUCCAAGCUGCUGCUUGACAUACAAUGAAAGUGAAUAGUGACCAAGGUCAGUCAAGAUUUCCACGGCGAGUACAACCGAAUUUCACUCCGUUCAUAUUGAUUUAUAUAAACUGAUGUUGUGUAUGUGUUGCAUUGACUACUUUUGUGAUGCACUGGUGAUGAGCUUGACAUCCUCUGGUGUCCAUCCACUUUUAUUGCAUGUUAUACAAACAGAAAGUCAAAUGGGAAGUAAAUGAUGACACAUUUUUUGUGAACUUUUCUGUAAAGCUUUGUAGUAGUGGGAGUCACGCUGGAGAAACCUGUGUAAAAGCUGGUAAGAUUUUGAUACACAAUAUUACUGAAUGCAUGUUCAUAAGAAAUGUAGCAAGAAUCAUAGUAAUAAUCAUAAAACACAAUGCUGCCUUGUUUUUUUAUAAUUUAUUCUAUUUAAGUUUUCCUUUCCAGGAUACUGUAGUAUUACCUGAGGACCUUCCAUAAACCCUCAGUGAAUAUAUGAUUUUAUGAAUGCUUAAUGGUGCAUAAGAGAAUGAGCAUCACCUGGUGACAGGUGUCCAUUUUACCUAACCUGUUUUUAUCAUGAGAUGUGCUAUAUUUUUAAUCGUUCAUAUCACGCUUCUUUGCAGUACUAUUUUUCCCGUCCUCUGUGGAUGGUCACUUGAAUCUGGCGUUGUAGUCAGACUUGUAUUUUAAAAUAAAAGAAAUGUUUGAUUUCUAAUGUUAAUGUU